CUUUUUGAUCUAUAACGAGCACCAGGCAGUAGAUGCAUUUGGGUUUUUGUUUUAAAGUGUGCUGCUGGUCUGGGUGAUGUUAGAAAGUCGAGGAAGUGCGCCAAGUUUAGUUUUCAGUGGCUCUGUCCGUUGUUCAUUAACAAAAGAAUCACAGUGCACAUUGGCAUAGGCUACAUUAAGCGAUCUAUAAGUUAGUGUUUACUAAUAAUUCUGGGUGUGUGUAUUGUGGACUACUACAAUGCCCUGAAAAUCAUAGAUAUACGUAUACAGAUGCCGCGUUGGGUUCGGCCAGACACGUCAACGGCGCCGCCAUUUUGGGGCGGUCAACAUCACUGCUGACUGCUUUCAUUUUCAUUAGAGAGCGGCAGUUUUAAGAAAGAGCUGGACUGUGUGACAGAAUGGCAACCCAUUCACUUCUGGUUUUAUAUGGGAGUCAGACCGGCACGGCCCAGGACACAGCUGAGAGAAUUGGGCGGCAGGCUCAGAGGAGGCGGGUUGGAGUCCGCGUGCAAGCUCUGGACAGCUACAAUGUGGCAAACCUGAUAUCCGAGUCUCUCGUGGUGUUUGUUUGUGCUACUACAGGGCAAGGUGACCCUCCAGACAACAUGAAGAAUUUCUGGAGGUUUCUGUUCAGGAAGUCGUUGCCUGCAGGUUCCCUUUGUCGCUUGGAUUGUGCAGUGCUUGGCCUCGGGGACUCCUCUUAUCCUAAGUUCAACUUUGUUGCUAAGAAGCUCUAUAAGCGUUUGCUACAGCUUGGUGCUAAUGCCCUGCUCCCGGUUGGCCUGGCUGACGAUCAGCAUGAUCUUGGGCCAGAUGGAGUGAUCGAUCCCUGGCUGAUUUCAUUCUGGCAGAAAGUUCUGUCUCUGUAUCCUCCACCUGCUGGAUUAAGCCCACUCCGUGAGGAAGAUCCGCUUCCCCCUCGCUAUGUUUUCCAGUUCUUGGAUGAUGUACCAGAGAAGCUCAUGAACCUCCUCCCACCUGAUGAUCAGGCCCCACCCUCUUCAGUGCACCCUUUCCCUGCAAGAAUGGUGUCUAAUGAAAGAGUAACAGACCCCUCUCAUUUCCAGGAUGUAAGGCUUAUCGAGUUUGACAUCACAGGCUCGAACAUCCAGUACGGCGCAGGCGAUGUUGUGAUGAUGAGGCCAUGCAAUAUCACAGAAGAUGUGGAGCAAUUUUGCCAGCUACUGAGACUGGACCCAGACUGCUACUUUAUACUUACCCCAACUGAUGGCAGCACAGCUCCAGUUCCUGCAUGCCUGCCUCAGCCAUGUUCAGUCAGAUAUCUAGUAGAGCAAUUUUUGGACAUUGCUGCAGUUCCACGCCGCUCUUUCUUUGAGCUCCUUGCCACUUUUGCUACAAACGAGCUGGAACGAGGAAAACUGGCUGAGUUCAGCUCGGCACAAGGUCAGGAUGAGCUACACAGUUACUGCAACAGACCCCGCCGCACAGCCUUGGAGGUUCUGACUGACUUUCCUCAUACGACGGCUGAACUCAGCGUGAACUAUCUGCUAGAUUUAUUCCCUGAAAUUCAGCCUCGUACUUUCUCUAUAGCAUCUUCCCUACUGGCAAACCCUAACCGGCUUCAAGUUCUGGUGGCUGUGGUGAGGUACAAAACCAGACUUCAUAAGCCACGCAAAGGCCUGUGCUCUAACUGGCUAGCAUCGUUGGACCCCACUCAGGGUGAGGUCUGUGUGCCAUUAUGGGUGAAGAAGGGUGGCCUGACGUUUCCCCAGGACCUUGAAACCCCUGCCAUAAUGGUAGGGCCUGGGACGGGUGUUGCCCCAUUCAGAACUGCCAUACAGGAGAGAAUUGCUCAAGGCAAAACAGCUAACGUUUUGUUCUUCGGAUGCCGCUCUGAAACCAAAGACUUUUACUGUCACUUAGAAUGGGAGGAAAAGGUUCAGGCUGGUCACAUGACACUGUUUACAGCCUUCUCCAGAGACCAGGAGGACAAAAUCUAUGUUCAGCACAGAGUAAAGGAGCAGGCUAAGCUAUUAUGGGACCUGAUUGCCAACAAGAAUGCAGUCUUCUAUAUAGCAGGGAACUCCAAGCAGAUGCCUACAGGAGUAUGUGAUGCACUUAAGGAGGUUUUCCAACAGGAGGGAGGUGUGACAGAUAGCCAGGCACAGGAAAUGCUGGAUGGCAUGGAGAAAGCUGGACGUUUCCAGAGCGAGACCUGGUCCUAAUCAACCUCCAGUCACUUGGUUAAUAUUUACUUUUAGCAUGGCCUUCUUCUGCAAAAGGAGACUGAAUCUAAGUCAAAGGUGUCCUAUGUUAUGCUGUGUUAUAAUCCUUGAAACAUCUUUGUAGUUGCCAGAAUAAUGAAACGUCAUUCACUAAGCCCAACAAUAUCAAACCUGGUUCAUGUUAGGAUGCCCUGGGUGGAGAGCACAAAAAAGGGCCUAAUAUUUGUAGAUUGAAAAAAUAACUAAAUGUUAGACUUUGAGUACUGUUAUUUAUUACUAAUCCAAAACUGGACUUCCAAAGGACCAAGUGAUGCAAAAUCAAACUUACAUGCACACAUUGCACUAAUCUAACAACACUGAGAUCAGCCUUAAAUAAACCUGUAACAAAUUGUC